CAGAAAAAUAUAAAAACAUUUCACUGUUUGAACUUUGUGAAAAUUUGUGAGUUUUGUCGAAAAAAAUAUGUAUUAGGGCAUACGAAAAUCAAUUGAGCGUACUAAUCAAAUGUAAUAGUAACGGAAAAACAUCGAUCUGGCCAAAAUGUCGACUAGAUCUCAACUUACUAAAGACCUAAAUGAAAGCGUGAAAACAUUGCUCGGCCGACAUACCAAAAUUUUGGUUAAGUAUAUGGUGAAAUUGGAAAUCAAAAAUGAUAAAACGGAAAACAGAGUACUGGUUUUCACUCCAGUUCGCGUGUAUUUACUAACGGCAAAAGUACCUACGAGGAUUGACUGCCACUUCCACUAUCUCGAUAUACAAUCGAUUGAUAGCAAAAAGCCAACGCAUUUUUCGAUUGCAACGAAUGAUAAAACUUAUUCUUUUUCUACUAUAGGAGACGCAGGCAAUUUUAGUUCGAACGCAGACGUCAUUUUAACUGACCUUUCAUCGGCUGUGAAGCAAAUAUUUCCAACGGUUCCAUUGAAAUAUAUAAUUCGCAAGAUCGAAGUAAAUCCUAUCGAACGAACAACAAUAUUCUCUGAUGAACUUCGACCAUCCGAUCCGCGCAAUGUGGGACCAUGUGGAGGAUUUAGCAUGCAAUAUGCAUGCAUGUGCGAUUUUCAUGCCGUACAGUACCGUGAGGAAGUCGCAUGGGACAUCGAUACCAUCUAUCUAUCGCAUGACAAUCGCAUCCUAAAUCUGCGAGAUUUUGAUCAUCUUGAGCAGAAAGAUUUGAUGGCUAUCGUGUCGGCAUUGGAAUAUAACACAUUCUUCCGUGGACUAAAAAUUACCAAUACGCGUCUUUCAGCGGAAACCCUGGAGAGAAUUCUUCAUGUUUUAAAACGAUCCAUGUGGUUAGAGGAACUGCAUCUUGAGGCACUUGCGUUACGAUCGGAUUUUAUACACAAGCUUGCAGUUUCUGUGAUAUCCAAUUCAAAUCCUGCCCUUCGUUCAAUUAAUCUCAGUCAAAACAUGAUAGAAGAUAAGGGUGCCGGGCAUUUAGCAGGUCCUAUUGCAAAAAUUUCUAAAGGUCUGUCAAACCUAUCGCUUUCGCACUGUGGUCUAACUUCCAAAGGAGUCAACCAGAUAGCUCAUUCACUCUCGUUGAAUCAAAACAUUUCCAAUUCCUUAACAUAUUUAGACUUGAGUGGAAACAAUCUAAAGGAUGAUGUUAACAACCUGUAUAAUUUCCUGGCUCAACCGAACGUUUUAGAAUAUUUGGAUAUUUCCAAAACGGAUACAACAUUGGAAAGUCUGUUUGGUGCUUUACUACGCGGAUGUUCCACUCAUCUAUUGCAUUUGAAUGUGGCGCAUAACUCGUUUGGUACGAAGAAAGGCAAGGAAAUCCCACCGUCGUUCAAGCAAUUCUUUACGAGUAGCUUAAGUUUAAAGCAUCUCAACAUUGCAAACUGCAAACUUCCGUUGGAAGCAUUGAAACAUCUACUGCUGGGACUUGCAUGUAAUGAAUCAACAGCUGGCCUGUUUUUGGAUCUCAGUGGGAACUCUCUCAGCUCUCAGGGUGCGCAUGUGCUGGAAUCCUGUAUCCACGGAGUACGCGUUCUAUCAAGUUUAGAUAUUAGUGACAAUAAUCUCGAUUCCGAGAUGGCCUCCGUACUCACUGCCAUAGGGAAGAAUCCCUCUAUUAAGGUGCUACACAUGAGCAAAUGUUUCACCGGAAUGAAACUUAAGCAUAUUGCAACGGUUAUGGAAGCUCUAGUGAAUUUAAUACAGAAGGAUGAUUUUCAGCUACAGGAGCUGGUGCUGUCGGAGAACAAACUGAAAAAUGAUUUACAUAAUUUCAUUAAUGCACUUGGAAGCAAUCAAAGUCUGCAGGUUUUGGAUAUUACCGGUAACCUAAUGGGCGAUAUAGGAGCACGUCUUUUGGCAAAAGCGCUACAGAUUAAUAAUAGGCUAAAAACAAUUUUCAUGGAUCGUAACAACAUCACAUUACAAGGAUACGCUGACAUUGUUUACGCUUUGGAGCAUAAUUUUUCAAUGAGAAACAUUCCAUUCCCUGUAUUUGAUAUUGCGCCCUGUUUAAAGCAACACCCGGACCGCACAGAUACACUUAUGCGCAAAAUGCAAGAAAUGCUCUCCCGAAACGGUAGUGGAUUACGACGAGCUAACGGACAAGGAUUUAGACUGCAACAUGGCUUUCUAUUAUCCUCUACCCAUCAGAUUCUAGACAAACUGGUAACCGAAACACAAGAAACCAUGUCGAUGCGACAAGGAUCUCUCGAGGGUAAUUUAAUAAGGUUAUUAGAAGACGCAGAAAAUUGUAAGCAAUUGCUACCAAAGCUGCAGGAAUCGGUACGAUGUGAUCCUCAUCCUAUUGAGGUGCGCUUGGGAAAAAUGAAGGUCGAGCUGAAUUCAACAAUUAACAACUAUCUUCAGGAAACAAUGGAGACUAUGUUGCGAACUGGCAUUGAACAGUGUCCAAAAACUCUUGGCAAUCAAGUGGUGAUAGCAGAACUCCGGAAAGGCUGUGAAGAGAGGUUGAUAAUUUCGGAGGAGUUUUUGCAAUAUUGUUUAGUGAAUAGCGCUGGUGGGGAAAUAAUGAAUCGAAUCAGCGAAGUCGAACAAUCUAUGGCUAGCUUAAUUUCGGACCGCGCCACAGAUGAAGUACUUGAAGCAUUGACCCGAUACAAAAGAGGAUUGGGUAUCUCAGAUUCACCACACAGCUUCAUUGAGGACCCUCAAACGCCAGAUACAACAAGAAGUCGUUCUAGUCAGGGUUCCGAUGGAGUUGGACAAUUCGAAAUGCGCGGCUUGGAUUUGCCCAAAUUAGGAUUGGAUUCCCCAACCAAGCUGGAAUAUUUAAAUCUUGCAACCCCACAACUACAAACAAAGCGCCGAUCGGUAGCAAGGAAAGUACGUCCUCAGUCUGUGGUUGGACUUGGUAUUGAAAAUCUAAGCUUGACACAUAUACCGGACAUUUUUAACACUCCAUCGCCCGAACGCCAUUCUAGUAUUAGCAAACAGGAACCUACUAUUGAACACAAAGAAGAUGAAUGUUGUGAUUCCAUUACCGAAUUACCUAGUCAGUCUUUAACAUUGCAACAUCUAGUGAAAAGUCGACCGAAACGGGCGAAAACCCGUGCUCCAAAGAAACCAGUCAUCACAUUAGAUGGAUCUACGGCGGGCGUAAACGAAGGUAUAGAGGCUUUUUUUAGGCCUGGUUCAGCAACACCAUCAACUCUUACACCACUUGUCUCGCCAACAUCGGAAGAAUGUAGUUCGUUGUCCUUUGUGGACAGCCCAACGCUCAGCCGUGAUGAUGGGGGCCGUUUUAGCAAUGUGACAUCUGGUGAAACGACCCCUAUUCUGGAGGAACGUAGGCCUAUUAAAUUAGAGCGAGCUUCUCCUUUGAUGAAAAAUGUUAACUGGACCUCCAGAUCACGAUCCUCAGAUAAUUUGGGAAAGCUUUCGCCGUCGACCAACAGAAAAUCUCCGUUAGUAAAGAAUAGCCCAGAUCCUGAAAAAAAGCGAUCCAGCGUAAAUAGAACAAUGGACAGUAAUGUACCUAGUAAUGACAAGGAAAAGUCUCCCAGUAAUGAAUCUGUCAGAAGUCAACAUUCUGAGCUCCAGAAACCAGGAAAUGGUAUAAUGAAAACACCAAUAAUUGCACCCAAGCCUCGACCAUGGUCAGUUCUUGGGCAUGAAUCAAAGAACGAGUUUGGAACUAAUGAUUCUACCAAGACUACGCCAGACGAAAUUGAUGACGACGUGGACCUUGUUUUGAUAUCCGGACAAACACCGGGAGGUUCCAUAGUUGGCAUAACACCUGGUGCAAUUAGUGGCAGAAGCAUUAUUGGAAUCACUUCAGGGUCAGUAACGGAGAAAAAGUCCGUUAGAGACAUGGCGGCCAGUCUGAACAAACUUGGUGUAGAUUUAGACCAGAAAACUUCGCUCGAUAAGCCACCGGUUCCAGCACCCAGAAUAAUACGAAGAAGCAGUUCUGGUUGUCAGCAUUCCGAGAGCGAUGCCAGACUAAACGAAAGUUGCACAAUAGAACGCAGUAGCAGUAAUACUGAAUGCAAUAGCAUAACAAGCACGUUGAAACAGCAGAUAAGAGACACAAACGACGAAACCAAAGAUAGUGUUAGUCCAAUUAAUCGCAUCGUUGCCGGCAAGAAAAUCAGCGCAUUAUUUGAGGAGACACUAGUUGAAGGCCUACAGAAGUCAUCAAGGCGCACCAUCUAUCGCGAGUCAAAUUAUUUCAAGGAUGAUUCCGUAGACGUAUAGUAUUGAAAUGUACGGAAACCGUACCCGUCAUCAGCAAACAAUACAUGGAGACGUAGCCGUACCUACAACGUCCUGUUUAUGUAUUACGAUCACUAUUAUACUUAGCAAUAGGUAUUUUAAACGUCUUACCAAGGUUAUUCUAGUUUUAUACUCUACAUACUAAGGAACGAAAUAAGCGCAAAUUAAUGUGUUACUGUUUUUUUUUUUAUUUAAUACGAUAGACUGCUGCCAAGCAAAUUUUGCUGUAUGGUAUUUUAUACUGUUGUAGGACUAUCAAUUCAAGUGAACCACAAGUCUGAAAUUAAUAGUUUUAGUGUAUGUCUUCUGAUGCAACUCUAUAAACAACAUUCUGAGUAUUACUAGUAUGUUACGUUUUCUGUUUCCUAAAUUUAUAUCAAUUACAGAAUAUAAGGCGCCAAAUUUCACAUUUUA